AUAAUAUUAUUGCCGUAGUGCCGUGACAGUGUGUGAAUGCGCGCGCAUCGGCCAUCACCGUCGUGUCCGUCCGGUCAAAAUAUCUUCUCAGCGCAGUACACGUUUUUUUUACACAAAAUUAAAUAUCGAUCGUCAGGAUUUUUACAUUUUCCCGAUCAUUUUUGCUAUCCAUCGCCCGCCGUAUACGACGCGUGUCAUACAGCAUUGUGCGAGGCCCCGUGUACUAAGGUAACUGCAGACUCUAAUCUCGUUGACGCGACCACGAUAUUGAAUAUUAGUGAUCUGUCGAACACCGGAACAGAACGCAUAGUGUCGUUUUAUUCAGUGGCGUUAAUCCAAGACGACGGCCUCGUCCCAAGCCAUCCGGAGUGACGUACACCGAGCUGUCGACGACCGUGACUGUUUGGACGACUUGGUGGUGGAGCGGUCUCAGGGGUCUGCGGAACACUGGUGAUAGCUGAAGUCCCGACGUCAGCGUCUAUCCGACGCGGUCAUCGUCCCUUCGAUCGUGGAGGUGGUGGACAAGCAAAAGUCAUUCCGAUGUGCCGCCAUGGCGACCGCCACCGCGUCCGCCGUCAUCAUUCUGUUCCUGUUGCUGCACAUGUCAACGAUCGGCAGUGUCGCACGAGCGGACAUGAUGACCGACAUUGGACCAGGCUCAACGUGGAUCACCGAGCCACCAGAGAGUGGCGUUGCGGUCCGCAGUAAGCCUUACACGUUACAAUGUCAUUCAACCCUGCCGAAUGCCACGUAUCUAUGGAUGUACAACAAUCGAACUUUAGAUCUAGUCAACGACUCGCGGCGUCAGAUUCUUCCCAACGGCUCUCUGUUUUUCAAAACCGUGAUGAACAAAAAAUUGGGCGACGCGGGAUCCUAUAGAUGUAUAGUACAAACUCCCCACGGUGCAGUUUCCUCAAAAACAGUUACAUUGCUCACAGCAGUUAUUCAUGACUUUGAUGUAUCACCGCCCAAUGUAACAGUUAGUUCAGAAGCUAGUCGUUCUGUUAUUCGAUUUAACUGUCAUGUGAAUUCCAUUCCUUUAGCAACUAUUACGUGGCAGAGAAACGGAGUUGUCUUGUCCAGUAACAAUAAAAAGUUUGUAACUAAAGUUCCUGGUGUACUAUAUAUUAAACAAGUUAACGAGAAUGAUGCUGGAGAGUAUAGAUGCGUAGGAAAAAACCAUUUAUUGAACAAGAUAAAAUACAGUGAAGUUGGUAAUUUGACUGUCAACAAGAUAAACACUGGAGGAUCUUCUGGACCAAAAUCAGAUAUCCAAAAAUUAGCAUUCAUUUCGCCUAAUGUCUUGAACCUGAAUGUUAAGUAUGUGACUGAAGGUGAAAAUGUGACAUUUGAAUGUGCUGCUACUGGUGUUCCGGCUCCACAGCUCAACUGGUCAUUUAAAAACUCUACAGGACACAAUACUAUGCUUAAUGAUGAAGAAACUUCUGUCAACAUAUUAAGUUUAACAAGAGUAAGUUUUAAGGAUUCAGGAACGUAUACAUGUCAUGCAUUUCAGUCUGUGACGGGAUGGCCGGAUCUGCCACAAGCUCAAUAUUUUCAAUUAGAAGUUAUGACACCUCCUAACAUCAUUAUUCCACCAGAAACACAAACCAUGCCUAUAGCAAAUACUAUUCGCUUUGGGUGUGUGGCUGAAGGUAAUCCCACUCCUAAUAUAACAUGGUAUCACAAUGGUCAACGUUUGAAGUUAAAUGGUCGUAUAAAGGUCAAGAGCAAACAACUUUUAUUAGUUAGUAAUACAGUAUCGAAUGACUCUGGAUUCUAUCAAUGUUUUGCUUCUAACCAAUAUGGGACUAUAUGGGCAGGAGCGAUGCUCAAUAUUAGCUCAUCCCCAUUUGAACCAGCACCACCUAUUAAUAUCAGCUGCCGUACAUUAUCUCCUACUCAAAUUCAAGUAUCUUGGCGAAAGUCCCCAACUGAUAUCCCUGAUGAUCCGCCUAUCCUUGUUCGCGAUGAUUCUACACAACUUGGUCCUUCUCACGGUGGUGUGCUAUCAUCAUCAUCUGCUACUGUGUCUACAGAUAAUGCAAAUAAAGUAUCCAGAGCAUAUUCUAUUCAUUACAUGCCUACAGAUGGUGGAGAAGAAACACAACAAGUUAGUGUAAACCAUUCUAUUAUUGUAGAAAAAUUGAAACCAUACAAAAACUACACUUUUUAUGUACGAGUCUAUAAUGGUAAAUCUGGAUCUGAUCAAUCUGAAAAAGUCACUUGUAAAACUCAAGAUGGAGUGCCACAAACAGUUCCAGAACUAGUGGUUACUACUGCUCUUAGCCCUAUAUCAUUAUACAUAGAAUGGGCUGCAGUUAACGUAAAUUUGGCUAAUGAAGCCAUUACUCAUUAUCAAGUAAUGUGGAAACGAUUACAUUGUUCAUCAAAUUAUAUACAAUUGUUGGAUAAUGAUGCCAGACAAUACACAAUAACAGGACUUAAGCCAGGAGAACAAUAUGAAGUGCAAGUAUUAGGUGCAACACAAAAUGGUUUACCCAACAUUAAUUUUUCAUGGCAUUUAGUCGAGUUACCUAAUAUUAAUCCUAUAUUGCCCAUACCUGUUUUAAGAUUUAGCAUUGACCAAUCAAUUAUAAAGCUUUCAUGGUUUGUCCAUGAUCAAUCAAUUAAAUUUGACUCGUAUAAACUAAUGUAUCGCAUCACUAGCCAAACAAACCAAUCAGUGAUGACACUACACACACUCAGACCAGACAAAAACCAUCAUAUAAUACAUUAUACCAGUGAUUUAGAUGUUUAUGAAGUAUUAUUAAACUGUGUAUCUGAAAGCGGUGAAGGGGAAUCAGUAUCUAGAACUAUAGCGGUAGCGUUAGAUAUAUUGUCACCACCAUCUCAGAUCGAAGCUGUUGCUACGUCACUCCAGACAUUGAAUUUGUCAUGGGUUCAUUCAGAUUCUGUUAAUCCAUUGUCUUUGCUGUCUAUUAUUACCUACAAUCUAGUAUCUGAUUUUUCUCAGAAAUCCACUACAGUUAUAACUGAUAUAGGUGUAUCUUCAUUUGAACUAUCAGGACUUAAACCUUAUAGCUUAUAUGAAAUCAAGAUAGCAGUUCAAGACCAAAAUAACAGAAAAAGUGAAUUCAGUCAAAAGAUACAGAUACGCACACUUCAAGGAGUUCCUGGUAUUGUAGAACAAAUAGAAUUGCAGUGGAUAAAUACUAGCACUGUUCGCAUAACUUGGGUAGAGCCAAUGAAGUCAAAUGGUGUGAUUAUGGGUUAUUAUGUUUCAUAUACAUCCGAUCUUCACAUACCACCUACAUCCUGGGAACAGCUAAAUGUCUCUCGUCAUAAAAACUCAUUAGAUUUGUAUGGCUUAAGCAAUAACACACAAUACUUCUUUAUGGUACGUGCUGCUUCUGAUGCCGGAUUUGGUCUACAAAGUGGCAUAUUUUCCAUUACUCCAUUAACUACACUGAUUAACCUACCGGUUAAUUCAAAAUAUCCCGCUAAUUCACCAACCUUGUAUAUAGAAGAUCAGCAGCUAUUAGGUAUAGUCAUCGGUAGUGUGAUUGGAGUUUGUUUCAUGAUGAUAUGUAUUACAAGUAUUAUGUUGAAACGUCAAUGCGUGAAAGCUGAACGAGAACGAGAUCCCCAACAAAACUCAAUGGGUACUGACGUGGCAUUCUGUGCUCAACAUCUACGACCAUUUACUAUUGAUCAUGAUCAACACGAAGAAAGUGUUCCUUUAAACGAUGUAAAUUACAUUACUAGGCACAUUGACGGAAGAAGUCGAUACUCAAAUAACACGUCUGGCAUGGCGUUGCCACUUCUUGACCAAAGUAACCCAGGAGAUCAUGACAUAACAAAUGUCCAUAUCAUUGAAAACCCUCAGUGUACUGUUGACGUUGAUGGUUAUGAUGUGGACAGUCUAUUAAGCGAAUCAGCUGAAGGUGGUGCGGGCACCGAAGAAUCUGGUUGCAGUGACCAACUGGCUAAGAGCCUUAAAGGUGGUGGUGAUUCCAGCGUGGUUGAUGAUGGAUUUCAUGAACACGUUAUGAGCUAAAGAGAAUGUUAGUUGGUUGGUGUGUAGGUAAUGGUAUAAAUGAUGUGCCAAAACUCAGACAUAAUAAUAAUAUUUUUUAUGUAUUCCCUGAGAUUCACUAAAGUCUGUAUUAUUUUUUUAAACUUAUAUGAUACAUAUUAUAACAAACAUCACCAAAAAUAAAAAAAUAAAUGUCUGGUUUUUACUGACAUCACAUUACGCAUGUUAUACCAACAACAUAAAUUAUGUUGGAUUCAACCUGAAAGAGUGUAGGCCACUGUUAUUAUAUCUUAAAAGUUUUUUAUUAUUAUUAUUAUUAUUAUUAUUAUUAUUAUUAUUAUUAGUAGUAGUAGUAGUAGUAGUAGUAUUAGGAAUAACUAUGUAUGACUCAAAACACUUGUUUUGUGACUUAUUAUUAUUUAGUUUGCUAUUAUGUUUAACUUUUGAUGUGUAAUUUUUAGAUUGAUUUCUUGAAAUUUUGAUCCCUUAAAUUUGAUUUAAUGAUUUUUAUAAUACACUGUCUCCAGUUCUUACCAUUUUUAAAUUAUUAUUUUCUUUAGGGAUCGCGAUAAAAAGUGAGAUACAUGCGUACAUUAAUAAAAUAUUGUUAAUAUAGUUUAUAAGUGUUUUCCUAAAUAUUAUAUCUAUAUUUUUUUUAGAGUAUUUAGUUAUUAGGUUUCACUGAACCUCACAAAUAUAGUACAAUUAAUAUAUAUUUUAUAUGUUUAUGAUCUUCUGAGUUCUAUCAAAGAUUUUGGUAUCAAAUAACCAUUGCUAUUCUUGUAUUUUUUCCUGUUUCAUUUUUGUGCACAUUUUAAGUUAUACAAUAUACAUACAUAUAGUGUCCAUCACCUUAACUACAAGCCAAUAGCUUGCCAAAAACUUCAAUAACAUUAAUGUUUACUAGUAUAUAAUCCAUUAUAUAGUUUAAAACGGAAUGUUGUUCAUAAUAAUAAUAAUAUUAAUAAUAAUAAUAAUAAUAAUAAUAAUAAUGUUAUUACUAUAACUAUAAAUUAUAAAGUAUAAAAAAGUUGUGAGAAAAAUUAAUUUUUUACAUUAUAAAAGUUGAACGUAAUUUAGCAGUUUUGCUGGUAUAUUUUAUAUUAAUAAUUAAUGAUUAAUUUUGUUUGUUAAAUUGUUUAAUUUACAACAAUAUAUAUAUAUAUAUGUAUAUGUGUGUAAUAUAUAUAUAUAUUUGUAUAUAUAUUAUAUAUGUAGUUCCUAUUCCCCUGAAUAUUUUAUAUUUUGAACAAGAGAAAUACUUACAAUGGAACUUUUUCUUUAGAGAUAUAAUAAUGGAUCUCAAAUGGCGCUUAGAAUUGAAAAAGUUCUUUUGUAUAUUGUAUUAACCUAUUCACAUACAAGUCAAUUACAUUAUCAUCUAGAUAUUCAUUUCCCUGACACAUUUCAAACAGGUUGUGAUUAAUUUAUCUCAUUAUUUAUAUGUAUGUACUAUAUAUAAAUAUAUAUAUAUAUUUAAUAUAUAUGUAUACAAGUAUAAUAUGUGUACAUGUAUAUAUAUAUAUUAUAUUUAUUUCAAUCUCCGAUAAUAUUUUUACAACCUUUAUGUACUUAGUGUAUAUUUUAUACAUACUAUUUUUUUUAUUAUUAUUAUUCUUUUUUUUUUUUGUUACAUUUAAAGAAGUAGGUACAAAAUAUUUUUUUAAGUUACAAUGCUUAAGUUUUUAUUUAUUUAUUUAACUGUUAAGUUUAUACUUGCCAACGUUAAUUUUCAUUCAAAAAAGCAAUUAUGAAUUAAGAUGUUUUUUUUUGUCAUGUCUACUUAUUAAAUUGAUAUUACUAUGUGUGAACUGAAGAAGUGAUCAUGAAACUACCGUAAACUUCUAUGGUUUUCAUUGCUAUGAUGAUUAUAAUUAUGUAAAAUAUAAUGAUACUUCACAAGUACCUGAUAGUUUUGUUUAAAAUGUAAUGUAACUCAUACUUAUAUUUUGUGAAUUGUGUUGAAUCUAUAUGAGAUAAACACAAUUAAAAAAAAACAAUAAUUUUAAUACACUAUUAUUGCUAAUUUAUUUAUAAAUAUUUUAAAAAUAAGCCAAGGUACUUGUAUAUUUUUGAUUAUUAAUGUUAAUUAUCAUAGGUAGUUUAUAAUCAAUGGCUAUAAUAGCAUAGCUAUGUUUAAAUGUGUACAAGCUGAACUCAAUUUUUUUAUAUUUUCAGUGAAAUAUGUAAUGGCCUAUUUUGGUGCUCUUUGACAAACCCGGAAUUUAAAAAAUAAAACCAAUAUAAAUAUAUAUUCUUUUGGCACCUUUGGCCAAUUUUAUUUCUAUACUAACAACUAUUUGUCAGAAUAUUUUAUUAUUAUAUAAUUAUAUUGCGAUGUUUAAAACAUUUUUAAUUCAAGUUUAUGUUUGUUUAAAAAAAUAUAUAUAUAUAACAAUACAAUUACAUGUAUUAUAUUCUUGUUUGAACAAAAUUUUUUUUAUUAAAUCUUGGUACAUUUUAAACGUAUUUUUAUAUGGUAGCUAUUAGUAAGUUAAACAUUUUCAGGGCCUUUUUUUGUAGCUCGUCAAAAGUAUACUGUUUUGAAUUUAUGGUAACUAGUUCUAAGUGUAUGGAAAAAGCUCAUAUUUUAAGGUGCUUCAAUUAAAAAUUAUAAUAACUUUUUUUUAUAAUACACAGUGUUCAUACACAAAUAUAUUUAUAUAAAUACCAUAUAUACAUGUGAAGACUGCCACAAUUAAAGAAAAUCUGAUUGGAAUAUUAUUUUGUACAAUAGUCAACAUAGGUAUAUAUUAUAUUUGCUCCACAUUUUUAAACCCUAUUUGAUCUGUUUGUAUGAGAAAAAAUAGUACAAAUUUUUUUUUCAAUAUCUUAAAAAAUAUGAUAAUUUGAUCUAUAUUGAUAUACUUUUUUUUCUAUGAAUAAAUCUGUUGUAUGAUUUUUUCCGCUUUGUUAUUUUGUAAUUAUUUGUUAUCGCGUUAAAAUAAAUAAAAUAUUUUUAUGUGAGUUUGGUUUCUGCAACAUCUUUCACCCUGAAGCAAUAAUGCUGUCAAAUUUUUUUUUAUGAAUCUUACGUGUAUGUUAAUCUCUUUUUUUUGUCAUAUUUUUUUGAAUAUUUACUUUAAUAUACAUUAUACAUAUUACGUAAUAUAUUUUUCAACAUACCAAUCCCAAUAUUCAAUAUAUUGUAGUAUUUGGAUAAGAAUUUUGUAUUUGUGUUUCUUGAUUGCAGUUAGAUACAUAAACUAACUACCUAGGUACCUCAUUAGAAUAGUAAGUCGUUGCAGUUUAUUUGUUUUAUUAUUAUUAUUAUUAUUAUUAUAAUUUGACGUUAAUUGUACCUAUUUGUAUUGAGUUUAUACGUUCUUAUGUGUUGUACAAUUAGUACAUCGUUUAUAUUUUGAUUAAAAUUAAAAUUAUAUAAAUUUAAAAAAAUAUAUAUUGUGAAUUUGCAAAUA